CCCCUUAAAAGGUAAAGAUACAGCAGGUAUCGUAAACACUCAUCCAAAUGUAAGUUUCAGUUAAUUUAAAGCAAGACAAAAGUAACUAUUUUAAUACAAUUUGUUUGGGAGCCGUUGGCAACCAAAUGGCAACUGAUUGUGCACGUGUGGCAAAAAGAACGGGCCUCGCGCGCACGCAUAUGCACGAGAGAGAGAGAGAGAGAGAGAGAGAGAGAGAGAGCUAUCCUACACAAUGGCGGAAAAUUAAAGGUAUGUCUGCGAAAAGCUUUGGUUCCUUAUCCGGGGACUGCUUCUCCCGCUACCAUUGGGCCGGCACGUCACGUGGUCAAAGUAACUUUACAGGGUUGCUCGCUAGUAGGAGGGCUUUAUGGAGCAGAAAAACGCCAAAGCUAGAAAAAUUAUUUCCCACUCCAGAAAUUAAUGAUCAUGAGCUCGUAUUUGAUGGACUCUAACUACAUCGAUCCGAAAUUUCCUCCUUGCGAGGAAUAUUCGCAAAAUAACUACAUCCCAGAGCACAGUCCCGAAUAUUACGGCCGCGCCAGGGACGCCAGCUACCAGCAUCACCACCAAGAGUUGUACCCACCGCGGGCAAACUACCAGGAGCGCCAGUACAACUGCGCCAGCAUCCCUGAGCCCGAUGCCCAGAGAGGACAUGGACUACCUCAUUCGGGCCACCUGCUCGGGAAAGGGCAGCCUGUCUCAUGUGAGCUCCCCCAGUUGCCCAUGUCCCCGGCCACUCCACCGGCAGCCUCCUCAGCCUGCAAUCAAGCCACUCCGGAACAUCCUAACAGCACAGCCUCGGCCAAGCAGCCAGUUGUUUACCCAUGGAUGAAGAAAAUUCACGUCAGCACCGUGAACUCUAAUUACAAUGGAGGGGAGCCCAAGCGGUCUAGAACUGCUUACACCCGUCAGCAAGUGUUAGAACUGGAGAAGGAAUUCCACUAUAAUCGCUACUUAACACGACGAAGACGUAUCGAGAUCGCUCAUUCCCUGGUUCUCUCCGAGAGGCAGAUCAAAAUUUGGUUUCAGAACCGCCGGAUGAAGUGGAAAAAAGAUCACAGGCUACCAAACACCAAAGUCAGAUCCUCUUCCUCCGGCAUGUCCUCCGGCUCCAACACAGGCUCGUCGGCAAGCGUUGUAGCGGCCGCCUCGACCAGUAACACCAUGGCAGCCAACGAUGAGCUCUCCGGAUCCGAGCGAGAGGAUAUUACGAGGUUAUGAGAGAACUAUUCCUCGGAGAGAAGGAAGGGAACAGCUCAAAAUGACUGAUUUAU